UACUUCCUGUGUGUAUCAGUUGAGAAAACCUCAAUGACAUAACCAAACGAUUGCAUUUUCUCUCACAGUUUUUUUGUUUAAUGUGACAAUAUGCGCGUCGUGUCCCAUCUUCUAGUUGGGCAGCUCUUCAAUGUGCUACUGAUUUACGCUGCGCCUCUUGCACCUGUAAAUAGUGUUCACCUGCCAAGCAUAGGGAGAUUCUGGCACAUCUCUGACCUGCAUUUGGACCCCACAUACCAUGUGACUGAUGACCAUACCAAAGUGUGUUUCUCCUCUAAGGGUGUCCCAGCCUUAAACCCUGGUCUGUUUGGAGAUUUCAUGUGUGACUCUCCCUACCAGCUCAUCCUGUCAGCUUUCCAGCACAUGAAACAAGUGGCCCCACAGCCAGAGUUUAUGAUUUGGACAGGAGACAGCCCUCCACAUGUCCCUGCAGGGGAGCUGUCCACGGACGUGGUGAUCCAAGUCAUCAGCAACAUGACUCAAACCAUCAGGGAGUUCUUUCCAGACAUGCUAGUGUACCCCGCUCUCGGGAAUCAUGACUACUGGCCACAGGAUCAACUUCCGACCGCCACUAAUGAUAUUUACCAGGCUGCAGCCAAACUGUGGGAGCCUUGGUUAAAGCCAGAAGCACUUGUAACUCUCAGAGAAGGUGGAUUUUACUCUCAGUUGGUGCACCCCAAGCUACGACUGAUAAGCCUGAACACUAUCCUAUACUAUAGCCCCAAUAAAGUGACAGUGAAUAUGAGUGACCCGGCAGGACAGUUCCAGUGGCUGCAGGACACCCUGGAAACAUCUGCUCAGAGCAUGGAGAAGGUCAUUGUCAUUGCUCAUGUUCCAGUGGGUUACUUGCCCUUUGCCAGGAAUACCACAGCCGUCAGAGAAGCCUACAAUGAGAGACUUGUGAAGAUCUUUCGUGACUACAGUGACAUCAUCUCAGGGCAUUUCUAUGGCCACACUCACAGAGACAGCAUAAUGGUCUUGCAGGACCAGCAAGGGGAACCGGUUAAUUCCCUGUUUGUCACACCGGCUGUUACUCCAAUCAAGAGUGCAGAAGAGGCGUACUCCAACAACCCAGCCUUCCGCAUGUACCACUAUGACCCACAGGACUACGGGCUGCUGGAUAUUUGGCAGUACUACUUGAAUCUCACCGAAGCCAACCAAGAAAAAAGAUCUGACUGGAAACUUGAAUAUGUAAUGACUGAAGCGUUUGGAUUAAAGGACAUUCAACCACACAGCCUGUUUAAACUUGUCUUGAGUUUUGAAAUGCAGCAAAGCAAAGCAUUUCAGAAGUAUUUUAGCCAUUUUAUGGUGAGCUAUGAUGAUACCAUUGUGUGUGAUGGGGCCUGCAAGCUGACUCAGGUCUGUGCGGUGCAGUUCUUGGACCAUGCCUCCUAUUCCAAAUGUAUUGAAAAGGGACACUAAAACAAGGGGCAUUUUUUGUGUGUGAGUUAAUCUGAAAAUUCAGGGAUUUUAUUCAUGUUGUAGGGAUAUUUCUUAUGUUUUCACAUGACCAUGAAAUGUAAAUGUAUUUUUUUAAAUACUUUCAAUUUAAUGAUUACAAUUGAAGCAACUCUGAGGUCGAAAUAUGUAUACGAUACCUUGAAAUGUUGAUGAUUAUAUAAUUGCAAAAGGCCAGAUAUUUUGACAAACUUUUGUACUUUGUAUUGAUCUCUCUGUGAAAUGUGGAAAUCAAAGGGAUAUAUAUAACUAACUGCUAUGCACAUUGUAUGUUUAUUGCUUUGAAAAUAUCUGGCAGUUAUUGAAUAAACUCUAAAUUGUGAAUUGCCUUGCUUGCAGUACAAAGCAAAUUAGCUCUAAGUGAAACUGUUGCAUAGAAAGUGAGGGCAUUCAUGAGAAAGAUGCUUUUUUAUUUCAAUGCACAGCUUGUUUAUUUUUUUAACAAAUAAAAGAUGGCACAACAAUUUA